GGCCGAGGUUUCGAAAAGUCAGCGGCGGGAGCGGAUUACAUUACACCGUCGUCUCCAAUUAUUUUCUACUUCUCCUCCUCCUCCUCCGAAAGCUUCUCCGGUGGAUUCUAGUCUCUGAUCAUCUUCGGCAUCGAUUUCCGGCCAACAAUUGGUGGAGCCUUCCCCCAGCUUGAGGUAGGUUGGAAUCAGCACACAUCUUCUAUCCCUGACUGUCUUGGUACGGUAGCAAUGGAAGGUGAUGUAGUGAAGGCUGAAUCACCUAGAAGAGUAUGGGUACCAGAAACAAAGAUUGAGUCGAAAAUGCUUGAUGCCAUGAAGCAGAGAGGAGCUGCGGGAUGUUCCUUGAGAUCAUUCAACAGCAUACUCUUGAAGUUCCCCAAGAUUGACAAUAGCUUAAAGAAAUGCAAAGCCAUCUUUGAGCAAUUCGAUUUGGACUCCAAUGGCACCAUUGAUCAUGAAGAGCUGAGAAAGUGCUUCAACAAGCUGGAAAUCUCUUUCACUGAAGAGGAGAUCAAUGAUCUCUUUGCGGCCUGCGAUAUUAAUGACGACUAUGGAAUGAACUUCCAUGAGUUCAUAGUACUUCUGUGCCUGGUGUAUCUUCUCAAGGCUGCUGCUGUUGCUGCUGAUCCUAACAAACCGAAGAUGGGGAUGCCAAACUUGGAGGGUGCCUUCGAAACAUUGGUCGAUGCAUUUGUGUUCUUUGACAAGAACAUGGAUGGCUACGUGAGCAAGAAUGAGCUGAUACAAGCUAUACAGGACUCUGGGGAACGUGCUGCUGGACGAAUAGCCUUGAAGAGAUUUGGUAAUUCUCUCCCUCCCUCUCUCCACAUGUUGGAAGCUUCAUCGGAAUGUGGUUUUGAGUUGCUUUUAACUUUGAACAUGAUAAUGGCAGAGGAGAUGGACUGGGAUAAAAAUGGGAUGGUGAACAUCAAGGAGUUUCUGUUUGCUUUUACUAAGUGGGUUGGCAUUGAUGACGAUGACGACGAAGAUGAUGAUAAUGCUAAGGAUGAUGAAUGAAGGACAGAGAUGCAAAGAAUGCUUCUCUGCCUCCAUGGUUCAGAAGAGCUACUUGCUCCUAUCGAUUACAUGUGGCCGUGUAGUAAUAAUAGAGUGAUUGAGCUUGUAAUGUAAAUAGUCAUCAUCCAUAUCUAUCUAUCUUCGUCAGAUGUUACUUCCAUUCUUUGUACUAUGUUGUUUCUCUUUGUUAAAACUUCAUAGUGCGAGCACUAGAAAUGCAAUUAACCCUUUCUUUCCCCUU